ACGAGAUUUCUCAAGAUGUUGGCAUAAGAACGAACGAACGAUCCUUUAACCAGCAUCAAGGAGAUUGCUAUUGUAAACGAAUUAAAAAUGUCAUUGUCAGAUGAGCAGGUACAAGCAGAAAUGCGCAAGAUGAUUAGCUUUAUCAAGCAAGAAGCGCUCGAAAAAGCCAAGGAAAUCCACACGCUCAGUGAAGAAGACUUUCAAGUAGAAAAGGCCAAGAUUGUUCGUGAAGAAUGCGAAACAAUUGACAGAAACUAUGAAGGAAAAUUGAAGCGAGUUUCGAUGGCUCAAAAGAUUGCCAAGUCGAACGUAAUGAACAGAAGCCGUUUAGACCUAUUAAACAGUAGACAAGAAGUCAUUGACGGAAUUUUCUCCAAGGUAGAAAAGAAACUAGAAGGAAUUGAACAAAAGAAGGAUGCUUACGUCAAAUUUUUGUGUGACUUAAUUGUGCAAUCGAUGGAAAUGUUGAGUGAACCAGUCGGCAUCAUCUAUGCUCGUCAACGUGAUCUUGAUUUGGUAUCCCUAGCCAUCUCUAAGGCUAUAGAAAGUUUGAAAGAACAAGAAACCUUUAAGAGUGUUGAAAUUGACAUCGAUCAUGAUGAAUACUUGGAUGAUUCUUGUCUCGGCGGUAUUAAAGUGGUCGGUUUAGGAGGAAAAAUUAAAAUUGACAAUACAAUGAAGGCUCGUCUCGAAUUAAUUAAAAAGGAAGCUCUUCCUCAAAUCCGUCACAUGUUGUUUGGCGCUAAUCCUAACCGUAAGCACCUCAAUUAGCUUGCUUUUCGAUAAUUACUUUUCUUCGUUACGGUUAUUUAAUUUAUUUUAUCGCAAUCUUGAAACAUUUUUUACUUAAGAUAUAUUUGUUUUCUGUAAUAGCCUUGGAAGUUUUUGCUUUCUUUUUUCAAGUCAUUUUACUGAAAGCUUUUUUUCUCAAGUUAUCACGUUCCUCACUAAUAUCAACCUGGAAAAAAUGCUUUUACCACUAAUAAAAGGAAUCCUUUUAUGUAUGAUCAUUUACGGUUUGAUAAUUGUGUCCUCGGUAUCUUGAAUUGAAAUCCUGCGAAAUCUUUUAUGAAAAAAAAAGUUUUCGGAAUUAACAUAUAUAUCCUUAAGUUUUACUUUAAUAAGACUUCGUUCAUUGAUAUGUCUGCUACGUGAUACUAAUAAAAUCGGUUUUAGAAACUUUAACCCUGACUUUUAUUCCUUCUCCGUUUCUUUUUACCUCCUUUUCUAUUCGUUGAGGAUUUUUUGGGUGUAUUCCUUGCAGUAUUUCCUUUGGGCGGUUCGUUUUGUUUUCUUACUGAACCCUGAUCUUUUUCAAUCGUCCGUUCUAAUUCCGAAUAAACAUCUGAAUUUUCAUAAUAUAUUACCAUAUAUAGACGAUGAAUAUAAUCCUUUACCUCACAUCUCGAUAACAAUAGAUGCUCGGUCGUACCGGGAAUGGCUAGAUUAAGUUUUCGCAAUUUUUCCAAGAUCAAAGACAAGUUUUCACUCCUUUUUAAAUCGAGUCCAGCUACUGUAUAGCUAAAGGUCA